UAUUAAUAUGAGUAAUGCUAAGUAUUAUUAUUUUUCAAUUCCAUUAGAUCUGAUGGGGAGAAUCCAAAAUAUAUGAUGGGUGAUGAACCUGUGAGAUUUUAAAAUUAUGUUGGAGGAUAAGAUGAACAAUAAGGUAUUUUCAUAUUCAAAUCUUAGUCCCAUAAUAGGAUCAAAAUUUAGAAUACUACAAUGAGUAUUUGAGAUUGUAUAUUGCCAAUGUAGUAUUAACAAAUCAAGUAAAAUUUGAACUUAUUUUUAGUUAAAAGAACUUUUGAAUGAGAAGAAUGAACUAGUCAAUAAAUUAAACAAAUUAGAAGUAAUGUUAAUACCAAAUUAAUUUUAGCGUCGUAAUCAGGAGUUAAAUUCAAAUGUAGAAGAAACAGGAGAAGAGAGAAAGAAAAGGUUGAGGAGACCAGCACAAGAAAUAGAAAGACACUUUACUUGUCCAGUUGAAAAUUGCUAAAAAAAAUACGGGUAUUAUAGAUAAAAUUUAUCAAUUAAAUAGAGCAGAAGGAUCUCUUAAUUAACAUAUCAAACUUAAACAUCCAGAAUUAGUAAAAGAUAGAGCAUUUUAUAAAUCUAAUGAAUAAUCAUAAUAAUAAGGAGAGCCAGAAUCAUUAUCAGAUCUAAAACAGGAAUAAAAUUAAUGA